GUGGUACAAAUUAGCAUAUUUUCUAGCUGACUUGUCAAAGACAAGACUGAAUGGAAACCACAGUGUGGAAUAUUCCGACUUAAUCUCGAGAAUAGCUGGCUUUUACCGAUCCCAAUUUCACGCCAGAAUAUCAUACAUUUGGUGUCCUCUCAAAGCUGUGAUGCUAUGCCUUUUACUUCCUGCCCAAUUCGCCGCCCACACUCAAGAAAAAUAGCAGGUGCUAUAACCCUACUACUAUUUAUAACAACUUCCACAAUUAUCUUCUCCAGAAAACCUUCAUGUAAUAUUGCCAUGCCAGUGGAUGAUUACUACCCCAAAAUUGAUUUCAAACUGGUCUCUCCUGCAAUCAAACCUGUAUUACGGAGCAAAAAGCUGUUCCUAGUUGUUGUGGUUAAUUCUGGAGCUAACGGGGAGAAAUACUUCCAACAACGACAGGCUAUAAGACAAACAUGGGCAAGGCAGGAUAGGGAGGUCUCCACUUUAGAGGAUUCAAAAUGGGAAGUAUUUUUUGUUCUGGGUAAAACAUACAACGAACAAGACAGGAAAAAUCUCCAGGAAGCAGAUAAGCACAAUGACAUGCUGAUAGGGGAUUUCAAAGACAUCUACCUCAACUUAAUCAUAAAAACUAUGAUGAGUCACCUCUGGGCGUCGUCUCUUGACUGUUGCUAUAUUCUCAAGGCUGAUGAUGAUGUGUAUAUAAGAGUCCCGAGAGUCAUUGCAUGGUUGAAAGCAAGAAGAUCUCACUCGAGGUUUUAUGGUGGGGAUAUUUACACAAAUAGUGAGAUCUCCAGAGACCCAUGUUCUCCAUGGGGUAUUAGUAAGAAAUACUACCCCUAUUUUGAGUGGCCUCCUUUUUGUUACGGUCUCUUUCAUAUACUAUCUGCGGAUGUAGUACCAGAGAUUUUAAACCAUACAAGGACACGAAUUCCAUUUCACACUGAUGAUGCAUAUGUAGGCGUAGCUGCAGAUGACUUGAAUAUAAACGCUGUUCAAAUACCAGGUUUUGAGAAGAAGGAGCUAUUUGCGGAGUUUUGGAAUGACUUGGAUGUCAGGCAGAAAAAGGCGGACAAGGUCAAGGACAUGAAAGCUAUUGGACACAAGCUAACACCGGAAUAUAUAUACCGAUAUCAUGAGUAUUUCAAAACUACUGAGUCAAGCUAAUGCAAGAUUUAUACACACUGAUAUCAUGAGUAUAUUCACUUUUUGAGAUAAUAGUCGAGUUUCUGUGAUAUCCUGGAAUAUCUCAGAAAAUCGCAAUAAAUCCAAAUGAAAAAAAAGGUGCGAGAUCACACUUUGUGAAAUUUAAAAAUAUCUUUGAAUAUCGCAACGACGCAAAAGAAAUGAAUAGCUCGUUUGCGAUGUUCUACGAUUUUCCAUGAGAAAAGAAACUAGUGCAAAAGAAUUUGAUACGCAUAGGUCGACCUUUGGUUAUUCUGCUGCGAUUUUUUUCAGCAUUUAAAAUUAACUGUAUUAAAAUUAUCCGAAUUUGAAGCACUUUUAAGUUAUGCAUGACAUUUCUAAAACGCAUAGUUUUAAAGCGGCUUAUAAAACAAAAGAAAUAAAACAAAAACAGAAAAAGCAAUAAACAACAUUUGACAAAUUAAAUGAAUAAAACCCUCUCACCCUGUGUUUAAAAAAAACUAGGUCUACCACUUUUCAUUGUUACAUGGUAAAAUAGUACUCACUCGGUGAGAUAAGUAGACAAAGAUACAUCUUUGGUGAAACAUAUGCCCAUCUUUUCCACAGCAAACCACAUGUGAUUCUUGUCCAUAGCCUUCUGCAUGCACUGGCAUAGCAAACUGUGAGAUAACAUGUCAAACAUGAUCAGCAAAUCAUAUGGCCACACAAUACUGAUGAGGCAAUAGCCCAAGAUAUUUUCCUUAUCUUAAUCUCCCCCCCCCGAAAAAUAAAUGAAUAAAUAAAUAAUAUUAAUAAUAAAUAUAUUAAUAUUAAUAAUAAAUUAAUAAUAUUAAUAAUAAUAUUAAUAAUAAAUUAACAAAUAAACUUUAGCAAAAGGAGUGAAGAAAGCGCCAGUACCCACACCUAUCGGCUGAUUUAGCUGUUGGAGCUAUAAAACCAUUUAGGAAAACA